AGCUGCUGAUUACUGCUGAUUAUUAGCAUGGCCCAUAUGGCCGCUUUCAUUUGUCAGGGUUCUUUGGAGUAAUGUUGAUUGACUUGAUUGUUGUCCAAUUUGAUUUUAGAUUCGUCAUGAGUACCUGUCAAUUGGAACCUUGUAUUGAGCUUCCUCUCUCGGAGGAAAAGCUGAAAGAAAGCGUAGAUAAAGCGAAGGAUUGGGCGCUUAUGCACGGGAUAUCUAUGCGGUCCAAGACGAAUUUUAAUAAGGACCAGGUACAACUACUACCUGUUACAUUGUUACCAUCGAGCUUCCCCAAAAAUCCCUUUUUAACUGUAAAAAAUGUACAAACUAUAUUAAACGAGCUUAUUCAUAAGGUUGCUCAUGAUAAGGAAUUUCUUACAAGCAGCUUAAAAAGCACAAUCCAAGCUGAUCCAUUUACAGCAAAGCUGUUCCACAUAUAUGAGACAGUAUACGAAAAAGAUUUGAGCCAGAGUAUAAGUCUUGGACUGUUGAGAUCAGAUUAUUUAUUACACGAUGAUGACUGUAAGAUAAAGCAAGUAGAAAUAAAUACAGUAGCGACUAGCUUUGCAGCCUUAGCUACAAUUACAUCCGAAUAUCAUAAAUAUAUAUUAGAAGAAUUGGGAUAUAGGAAGAAAGCGUGCGAACAAAUUCCAGAAAAUAAUGCGCUUAUUGGAUUUUGCAAAGGAUUAAUAUUCGCAUGGGAAUUGUAUAAUAAUUCAGAAGCUAUUAUAUUAUUUAUUGUUGAAGAUAUAACUUAUAAUAUAAGCGAUCAAAGGUUUCAUGAAUUUCAAAUUCGUCAAUUAUGUCCUAAAAUUAAGAUUAUUAGAAAAAGUUUAACAAAUUUAGUAUCGGAGGGAGUGAAAUUGGGACCAAAUAAAGAAUUAAUUGUUUCAAAUAUGGUAGUGGCUGUUGUUUACUAUCGUUCGGGUUACGAACUUGAAGCUUAUCCUACAGAAAAGGAAUGGGACAUGAGAUUGUUAAUAGAACGUUCUCGUGCAAUAAAGUGUCCAUCAGUACAGUAUCAUUUAGCAGGUACUAAAAAAGUACAACAAUCUUUAGCUCAACCUAGUGUAUUGAAAAAAUUUCUAAAAGAUGAUGCAUCUGUUGCUAGAGUACAAGAAAUAUUUACUGGUCUAUAUACAUUAGAUUUUAAUGAUGAUGGAGAAAAAGCAGUAGAAAUGGGUAUAAACGAACCAUACAAGUUUGUUCUUAAACCACAAAGGGAAGGAGGAGGGAACAAUGUAUAUAACGAGAGUAUAAAAACGUGGUUAAGUUCAAUGAAGGAAUCGCAAGAGAGAACGGCAUGGAUUCUCAUGGAUCGCCUUUAUCCUCCUUUACAGAAAAAUUAUUUUUUACGUGCUGCAGAAGAAUCGCCUUUAGAAAAUGACAUUAAUCUAUCAGAUGUUAUAACAGAACUUGGGAUAUAUGGCGUAAUAGUAGGGGAUAGCAAUGAGAUAAUGUUAAAUAAACAAGUUGGACAUAUUCUAAGAACCAAAUUAUCGAGCGAAGAUGAAGGCGGAAUAGUGGCAGGUGUUGGUGCCCUUGAUAGUCCCUAUUUAAUUAGUUAAAAUUAUACAUCUCUAGAGGAAUAAUUUCAAUUAAAUAG